CUCUUCCGACAUUUUUUCACACUUGAUCCACCUCCCACAACUGUUCAUUCAUCAUUAUUGAACGUGAACGUUUGUGAUUUAGUGGAAAGUUUGGGAUUUUGACAUUUGACGUUCAACGGAAUUAUUUCUUACACUCAGGUGUUUCGUUAUUAUUACUGUGCAAUAAAACGUGAGUAGGAUAUUCUUCUCGGUUUUACCAUCAAUUCAAUACUAUAACGGCCAGCCAUGUGUAUUAACUAAAUUUGACCAAAUCUACUAAUCGCUUAGAAAGCUAACGUAUUGAUAAAAGGUGUUCAACUAUGGAUGCUUUCGGUGACAAAUUUUUCAAGGAUGAACCUGAGGUUGAUCCAGCAGCAGAAUUUUUGGCUCGUGAACAGGAUCAACUCGCUGGCCUCGAGGAUGAAAUUCCACCCGCCACCUUAUCCACCUCUGCUGCAGCACCCCCUGCCGAAGAUGACUUCUCAGCUAACUUUGGAGAUUUGAAAGGUGGUCCUGGCGGAGAUGCGGACGGCAGUUUUGUUAUGAUCAAUGCUGUUGAACAGCCUGCAGAGACACCUGCUCCAGAAUUACCAGAACCAGCUGCUGUUAUUCCUCCAGUGUAUGAAGAGCCGGAGAAAAUCCGAAAAUGGAGAGAAGAGCAAAAACAGAGGCUGGAAGAGAAGGAUUUGGAAGAAGAGAAGAAAAAAGAAGAUUGGCGGGAAGCGGCAAAAAAAGAACUUGAAGAGUGGUACAAGCAUCAUUCCGAAGCUAUCAGUAAGACUAAAGCUACAAAUAGGGAAUCUGCCAAAAAUGCGGAAAAACAGUUCGUCGCAGAAGCGGAUGAAGUGGAACCUGGAACGGAGUGGGAACGAAUUGCUAAACUAUGUGAUUUCAAUCCAAAAUCAUCUCGCACAUCCAAGGACGUAUCUCGAAUGCGGUCAAUUAUUUUACAAUUAAAGCAAACUCCACCGGCGCCUGUCAAUGCCUAAGCAUCUAAUGUUGUACUAUACACGUUCCAUUAUAAUCUUAUCGGUAAUAUUGAUAAUUAUGAACACUACAUAAAUUCUCUAAAAAAUCACAAUUGAUAUAAUAUAAAGUUAACAUAAAUAAAAACACGUUGAACAUGUUUGAUUCACGCGAGUGUGAUCGUAUUGUCAAUAAAAUUAUCUGAUAAUCAAAUAAUAGAUUUGCUCCGGCUUGUUCGGACGACGAGGAGGAAAAAUAAAUAGUAUGUAUCUGA